CAUAUAAGUUUAGUGCUCAACAUGGAAUCUCUCACCAACUCAUCAACCCAUCCUAAUCGCGUAUUCACAUUGUUUCUUCACUACACCCGUCUUCAUGUGCCCCUACUCUUCCUCCGACUACUCCCGCUCCCGCCCGCUCCAUCCUCUCGCAGAGCAACGUGAACGUGCAUUAGCUCUGCAUUACCAGCAGCACCUUGGGAAUCAGCCCACCCCAAAUGUUCUCCAUACCCCAGAGUACGAUGAGUUUUCCAACCAGCAGCGCAUGAUGCGCAUCCGAGAUGUCCUGCGUACCCGUAUGCCAGAGGAUGGGAAGAAGGAUUUUUACACCGGGUUCCCGUCCUACUGUUGCAGGGCCUGCCAGUUAGCUGAAAUCCUGCAGGACCACGCUAUCCGCGAUCGUGAACGCGAGGCCAGUAUCCGAAAGUGGCAGAAUUUUGCUGCUUUCCACGCUCAACUCGAGGAGGAACAACUCUUUGCCCGCCACCGCGCAAAUGCUGAGAACUUCCUGGCAGAAGCCGAGACCUUCCUUGAUCCUGCCCCAGCUUCCACCUCCAAGGUCCCUAUCCAGGACGAGCCUUCGCUCAAGGACAUGUUUAUGGCAGAGCUCCGUCUUAUGGCAGAAUACCGGGCUGAAGUGCGCGAUACACUCCAGUCGAUCCUUGCCUGUCUCUCUGAAGGCACUUCGACCGAAGCACCUGUCAAACGUGAUCCCGUACCAUCACCUGCCGCCCAGACUGCUGACCCUACGCCUGUCAACGUCAACAGGGAGGAAACCACAACUUCCCAGGAAGGAAAAGGAAAAGUCAAGGAGUUUCCUGACUCUGACACCGAAGAGCCUUCUGCAUCUCCAGCCAAGGUCGCCUCUUCCCUUUCCCAAAUCACUUCCGUUGCCUCCCGUCUUGAUACCCUCCUCGCUGACUUCCAUUUCCCUGCCGAGCUCGAUUUCUCUCCUUCGCAGUCGCCGUCCCCAGUUUACUCAGCCCUCGAUACCGCUGAUGUAUUCGCAUUGACCUACACCCCGAUUAACGCACCUCUCCGUGCUCAGGAGCAUGCGCUUUCGUUACUCCUCACAGACUUGGACAACGUCCCCAGCUUCGGAUCACAGGUAGUGAGAGGCGCAAGGCGCGCAGUUGUGGCUCGCGUAAAGCAAGCUCUGGAAGAGCUUGAGAAAGGCGUGGAGGAGCGAAGGAGCCGUGCCCACGCCAGGAAGGCAGACUCUGUUAUUGCGCCUGUUUACGCAAUGUAGGUCAGCCUGUCGGAGCCGGGGAAUGUUUACCUCUGCGGUCUUGCGCACAAGUGCCCGUUGUAGAUGAAGUUCCCACCACGGCCUUUGUUCCUGCAGUCCCGGUGGAAGCCUUAUGAGCAGCAGAAUGGGUGGUGCAGUAUUGACCGAGGUAUGAUGGUCUUAUUUUGACUCUGGUGUUUCUUCAAGUGACACUUAUGUUCUACGUCUUACUCUUUGUGUUUCAUAUUCGCUCUUUUUAACUACUGUACUCCAGUAUGUAUGAUGAUC